AUGUAUCGCAAUGGAGCGGACGCCGCAAAGCGUGAGCCCAGGAAGGGGAAGGCGACGGUGCUGGCCCUGGGCAAGGCCUUCCCCCGCCAGCUCCUCCGGCAAGAGCUUCUCGUCGAAGGCUACUUCCGCGACACCAACUGCCACGACGCUGCCAUGAGAGAGAAGCUCGAGCGCCUCUGUAACUUCUUCUUCUGAGACUCUUCUUUUUCUUCUUCUUCAUCUGAAACUCUUGAUCCUCUGAGCAGGCAAGAACACGACGGUGAAGACGAGGUACACCGUCAUGUCGAAGGAGAUAUUGGAGAGGUUCCCGGAGCUGGCCGCGGAGGGCACCCCAACGAUUCGGCAGCGGCUCAGCGUGGCCAACGAGGCGGUGCUGGACAUGGCAGCGGAGGCCUGUGAGGCCUGCCUGAAAGAGUGGCGACGACCGGCGGCGGAGAUAACCCACCUCGUCUACGUCUCCUCCAGCGAGCUCCGCCUUCCCGGCGGCGACCUCCACCUCUCCCACCGCCUCGGCCUCAGACCCGACGUCUCCCGCGUGGUCCUCUACUUCCUCGGCUGCUACGGCGGCGCCGCGGGUCUCCGGGUGGCGAAGGACCUCGCAGAGAACAACCCCGGCAGCCGGGUCCUGGUGGUGACCUCCGAGACGACGGUUUUAGGGUUCCGGCCACCGAGCGCCGCCCGGCCGUACGACCUGGUGGGGGCGGCGCUGUUUGGCGACGGCGCCGCGGCGGUGGUCGUCGGCGCCGACCCGCUGCCGGCGGCGGUGGAAUCCCCGCCGUUCCUGGAGCUGCACUGCGCGGUGCAGCGGUUCAUCCCGGGGACCGGUGGUGUGAUCGAGGGGGGGUUGACGGAGGAGGGGAUAAGCUUCUCCCUCGGAAGGGACCUGCCGGAGAAGAUCGAAGCCCACAUCGAGGGGUUCUGCAGGGGGCUGGCGGCGAAGGCUGGCGGCCCCGCUGGAGAGGUGGAGCUGAACGAGCUGUUCUGGGUGGUGCACCCCGGUGGGCCGGCGAUACUGAACAGGGUGGAGAAGAAGCUGGGGCUGCUUCCGGAGAAGCUGGAGAGCAGCAGGAGGGCGCUCAUGGAGUACGGCAACGCCAGCAGCAACACCGUCUUCUACGUCAUGGAAAACAUGCGGAAGAAGGCGGCGGCGGCGGCGGCGGCGGCGGCGGCGCCUGCCGCCGCGGAGGAGUGGGGGCUCGUGCUGGCCUUCGGUCCAGGCAUCACAUUCGAGGGCAUCCUCGUCCGCAGCCUCGUCCUCCCCCAUGAAACCGAACUCAAUCACAGAAAAUGA